CCCCUGCCGAGUCAAGCCUCUACAACACCGUGGAAGCCGCAUGCGGUACCUACGUGCCUAAGGUAGGUAGGUAAGGUACCCAAGUAAGGUACCUGGAGUACCAAGAUAGGUAGGUAGGUGUCUCUAGGAACCUAGGUCCAUCACAUGUCUUUUUCCAUCACAUCUCUUCGUCUAUCCCGUCCCGUUUCCCCUCCUAGCUGCACAUAACGUUCUUAGUGUAGGCACACACAGACAUUGGCUGACAACUCCUUCCACUCCGAAUCCCAUUGCGGUGCAGAUGUCGGUACAGGUCCCAGAGACUCUUCGACGCUCUUUCUUUUCUUCUCUCUUCCCCUCCAGUUUAACACCCCCCUCCCCACUUUUGGAACCGUCUCCGCUGACGCCGUCGCCGACGCAAGAGACCGGGUUGCAUUAGGGGUCUCGAACGCCUUAUGUCAUCGCUGCUGCAUCCAAUCGUCCGGUACCGUACCACAUCCAAGCACCACCGACCACCACCCAUUACCACCACCGGUACCAAUAGCACCACUGCUCCUUUCAAAUAUCGUCCCGACCGCACCCCGACUAACCUUCGCCUCCCCUCCUUCCGAUUCUUGUCGCCCUGGAUGUAGACUGAGUUUCACCGCCGUGAAUUACUUUCUACUUAGCCGGCUCGGUCCCCCGACUCACGUCCAAGAGGCAUAAGACCCCCCAAUGUCUUCUCUGGUCUCCGACUUCAUCAUCAACCCGGUCCUCCGGCAAGCUCGCCGCUUUUCUGAGAUAUCUAGAACCACAUUCGUCUCCGAUCGCGAGGCUUCGUCCGACCUCGUCACUGUCACGACCGAGCCGCUGCCUCCUGCGACCCGGUAUGCACCUGAUGCGCCACGCCCAUCCGCUACGACACGACCUUUCAGUUCUUCAACGCUACCAACGACUGUAGACGACGAGCCCCCUCAUUCCCCCGAAGCACCUGCGCCAGUCGCAUCCUUUCCUAUAGCCGUACCGAUGCCUCCUACAACGCAAGAAUCUCUACCUGCCGACGAUGGAAUGGGCGCGCUGCGCAGGCGUCUCAUCAGCAUUCAGUCCCAGGAGAUUGCGGCAGAAGACAAGGCCCGACUUAUGCACGAGGCCUUGAUGGAAGGGUACCGCAAGUCUCGAGACACUGCGCGCAAAGACGAUGUGCCAGCCAACGUGAUAUCCGCAGGCGAAGCGUGGGAGCAGCCGUUUCCGGCUCCCCUCGAAUCCUUGAAAUUCUGGCAACAAUCGCCUGGAGAACCGUCCUCGCCACAAAAGUUCAUCUUGACCGCAGACGACGUUCGCCCGACCUUUGCCCCCCCUAAGCUCUUGACAAGAGAAGAGCCCGAGAGCGCGUUGGUCCUCGGCUGUCAGCACUACCGGCGCAAUGUCAAGCUCCAAUGCUCGACUUGUCACAAGUGGUACACUUGCCGCUUCUGUCAUGACGCCGUUGAGGACCACACCCUCGUCAGGAAAGAAACAAAAAACAUGUUAUGUAUGCUCUGCAUCCAUCCCCAGCGAGCAUCCGAGGCCUGUACAAAAUGCGGAGAGACAUCGGCUCGUUACUACUGCAAUGUCUGCAAGCUCUGGGACGACCAUCCGACUAAUAACAUCUACCACUGCAACGACUGUGGCAUCUGCAGGCGUGGAAGAGGCAUCGGCAAAGACUUCUUCCACUGCAAGAAAUGUUGUGCAUGCAUCUCCGUAUCUAUACAGCAAUCUCACAAGUGCAUCGAGCGCUCAACGGACUGCGAUUGCCCAAUUUGCGGGGAGUACAUGUUCACCUCUCCCAAGCCCGUUGUGUUCAUGGGGUGUGGCCACAGCAUUCACCAGAAGUGCUACGACGAACACAUGCUACGUUCGUAUAAAUGCCCCAUCUGCAACAAGAGCUUGCUCAACAUGCAAAGCCAGUUCCGUCAAUUAGAACUGGCCAUCCUGGCUCAACCGAUGCCUCCUGAAUUCCGGGACACCCGGGCCACGGUUCUGUGUAACGACUGCAGCGGGAAAAGUUCGGUCCCUUACCACUGGCUCGGUCUCAAAUGCGCCAUCUGCACUUCGUACAACACAGUCGAGCUUCAGAUCAGCAGCGGAAGAGACGGGACGCCCGCUACGCCAACGGUCGUCGCGCCAGCACAACCCGGCCCGGCAGCCGUCGAGGCUGCUGUGCCGGCCAGGAUGGAGGUGCCACAGGUCGGUCGGCGAAGACACUCGUCCCACGCCGGCCCGGAGGCGCGUCAUUUGAUGGUGGAUCGGCUCGCCAGAUCAGCUUCACCAGCGCCUCCUGUCUUACCACCCAACUUGGCGAGCGGGGUGAUCGAGGAAGAAGAUGAGGAGUCGGAAAAUGACAUUCUCAAUCUCUGGGGUCGGGGCCGUCAUAACUCUGACGACAGCGGUUCAAUGUCGACAGAUACGGAUGAAGAAGACUCCGAGGGCGAGGAUGAUGACGAUGACUAUGAGAACGAGAUCAUGCUCAUCGGACAUCGAUAACCUCGGCAACGACGCAACUACGAUUUGGGGCAAAUAAGGUCUAUCUGGGAGCGGGUGUACAAAGGCUGGCGCAAGGGAAUGUGUAGUAGUCUCAAGGUUGGAUAUAUGGGGUUUUCCAGUCAUUGCGAGCAUCUUCAAGUGGUUACGGGAUUUAUUCGGCGUUGUCAGGAUGGGUGGUCGAAUUUCAAUAGCUUCGGAGGUUGGGUCUUGUUAUCGUAGCCCAUGGAGACUGGGUCAUAAAGUUUCCAUAAUAGACAAACUGGAAGGUUGAACGAAUCCAAUAAAUGCCCACAAACGCCUUGUACCCGUGGUUCCUGUCCGUCCCGUCCUGUCGUGACUUUCGUACUAAGCCCUACAUCAUGAGGGCGAAUCUUUCCU